AUGGUGACUGACGUGUGGAACAUUCAGGCGUGGUACGCAACUACAGGCCUUCUUGCUUUGAUUCACUACUGGCCUUCGGGGGAUCAGGUGAGCGUGCGCAUCCGGCCAUGGGGAAUACCCACAGCAGCGCUGCAGUGCUUGAGGAGGUGGUCGCUAUUUCUGUGGGGGCUCCUGGCUGCUGUCAGCGGCAUGUUGGUAAUGUUCCAACCUUGCGCAGACAUGAUCGGCCUGCGAUUCUGCUUUGCAGCUCUGAUGGCGGGGCUCGACCUGAACUUCUUCUCUGCUCGGAGGGUGCACACAUCAUUCAUCGGGAUGUACAACUCGUUUGCGAUGGUCUUGCCAGCAAGUUACGGGCGCAGCGGCGUGUUGACGAUCCUGCUAGCUCACCAGUUCUUGUCCCCCGGUCUCAGCAAAGUCCGAGUGGGAGGUCUCAGGUGGCUCUCUGCAGAGACGCUGGCCUGCUAUUUGCGCAACGCGCGAAAUGCCCCUAACAGCAAUCGACUGUGGAACAACUUGGAUGAAUAUUUCCGCCAAGGAUGGCUGAUCGAUCGAAUUUUGGAGAGGUCCUGA